AGGAGCCACAAACAAAGGGCCUUUCACUUAAUCUUCCUCUUCGUCUUCGUGGAUCAGUUACACUCACCCAGGUGACUCUGUUAUUUUCUUCUUAAUUCCUAUCUCUUUUAGAACUUAACAACCGCUUCCAAUGAACUCUUUUGACUAAUUAGAGAUUUAGAAUGGGCCAUUACAAUGGUGUUAUUAUAUCAUCAAAUUCUUAUAUAUAUUUCGGGGAUUUUUUAUUUAGCUGCUUGUGAUAACUGAAGAGGAAGAUGAUAUCAUGCUUUGACUUUUCCUUUUUAAUGAAAUUUCAGAAUUUUUUAAAUGCUGCUAGUUUUCUUAAUUACACGCUUCAAUCCAAUAUUUUUGCAACAUUUUUUUACGUCUACGGCAAUAUGGCACUCUCUGUCCCCAACUUUAUCUUAUUAUUAGAAAUUACAUAUAUGAGGAUAAUGACCUGUAAAUUGAUUCAUAACUUCCUUAGAUUAGUUUCAUGAAAACUAAACUGAUAACUAAUUGCGUUAUGAUAGAGUAGAAAAAUUAUGAGUUCCAAAGGUGUGAUCAGUGAAGAUUGUCUAGGUUGGGCAGCAAAAGAUGCAUCUGGAGUUCUAUCACCUUACAAAUUCAGUCGCAGGGCUCUUGGAAAAGAAGAUGUUUAUAUUAAAAUUACGCAUUGCGGUAUUUGUUAUGCUGAUGUAGUUUGGACAAGGAAUAAACAUGGCGACUCAAUGUAUCCUGUUGUGCCUGGACAUGAGAUUGCUGGGAUUGUGACAAAGGUUGGUUCCGAUGUCCACCGUUUCAAAGUGGGUGAUCAUAUUGGGGUGGGGACUUAUGUCAACUCAUGUAGGGAUUGCGAGUAUUGUAAUGACAGACUUGAAUCUCACUGUCUCAAGGGUCUAGUUCUUACUUUUAAUGGUGUGGACUUUGAUGGUACAAUUACAAAAGGAGGAUACUCGAGCUACAUAGUAGUCCAUGAAAGGUAUUGCUUCGUUAUACCCAAAAGCUAUCCAUUGGCUUCAGCAGCUCCUUUGCUUUGUGCUGGAAUUACUGUUUAUACUCCAAUGAUGCGCCACAAGAUGAACCAACCUGGUAAAUCUCUAGGAGUGAUUGGUCUUGGUGGCCUAGGUCAUAUGGCAGUGAAGUUUGGAAAGGCAUUCGGUUUGAGUGUGACAGUUAUCAGCUCUAGCAUGUCCAAGAAAGAGGAGGCACUGAGCCUACUUGGUGCAGACAAAUUUGUGGUUUCUUCUGAUCAAGAGCAGAUGAUGGCAUUGGCUAAAUCGUUGGACUUUAUAAUUGACACAGCAUCUGGUGAUCACCCGUUUGAUCCUUACAUGUCAUUGUUGAAGACUUCUGGUGUUUUAGUCCUUGUUGGGUUCCCAAGUGAAGUCAAAUUCAGCCCUGCUAACCUUAUUCUAGGAAUGAAGUCUGUUUCCGGAAGUCUUACAGGUGGUACAAAAGAUACACAAGAGAUGAUUGACUUCUGUGCCGCAAACGGGAUUUAUCCAAAUAUAGAAGUGAUUCCAAUCGAGUAUGUGAAUGAAGCAAUUGAGAGGGUCAUAAAUAAGGACAUAAAAUAUCGGUUUGUAAUAGAUAUUGAGAACUCCCUAAAAUAAUUCUAGAGAAAUAUGAAGUUUCUUACCAAGGUAGACAUGGUUUGUGAUGGCCUGAUAUAAUUAGUGGUUAGUAGGGAGUUAUUCUAGAAUAUUCUCAAAUAAUAAAAUAUAAGGAGGGGAGUAUAGGAGUCUGAUGUAUGCAUGUAUUGAGUGAAUUUGGAGUGAAAUUUGUAGAAGGAUCUCUUGGGAUCUCUUUGGGGCCUAGGUAUGUUGGUCUUGGAGAGUGAGUGAGGUCUUUUUGGUUUAUCUUUUCUGUAUUUUCAUAGUUGUAUUUCCUGUAUAGUUCUUAAUAGAAGUGUUAUUUUAAGAUUAAUGGUUGUUAUUCUUGCUGUGAAGUGUUGGAUUCUAUCAGUUUGUAAUGGGUAUGAAUUCAUGCCAAAAGGUAGCUUAGAUUCCCAUUUAUAUGGUGGGAAAAGCUUCUCGACAUGGCCCGUAAGGUACAAUAUAGCUCUGGGCUUGGGCUUCAGUAGUGUUGUACUAGCAAGAAGAAU